CUUCUUUCGAUCAACUUUUCAGUUGGCGAAAACUCUAGAAAACCUCCAUUGAAGCGGUGAAGGAAGAGAGUAAUAAUAAUAAUAAUAAUAUGGUAGAAGAUCGACUGCGAUUCAUAUAAAAAAAAAAAAAAAAGAAAAACGAAAAUUAGGAAAAAAUAAUAAUAAUAAUAAUAAAGAAAGCGAUCAUUGAGAGAGAAAGGGAGAGCGAAAAAAAAAAAGAGAGGCAAAAAUGGAGAAAUCAUCGGAGGGCUCGCGAGAGCUUCAGUGCGUUGGGAAAUUGGAGAUAGCGAAGCCAAAGCCCGUAGGGUUUCUCUGCGGCUCCAUCCCUGUUCCAACCGAUAAAGCCUUCCAUUUCUUCAAUUCGGCUCUCAUUCCUUCCCGCCAAACAGUGAGUGCUCCACGGUAUCGGAUGCUUCCGACGGAGACGGAUCUCAAUAACCCUCCGCUCCUUUCGAGUUUGCCUGAAAAAGUUCUUCCAAUUGGCUCUGUGCAGUCUAAGGCCACCGGUGAUUUACCUUGGGAUGAUGGCGCUGUUACAACAAAUCUCACUAGGAAAUGUGAGGCCCUUGCUGUGUCUGGUUUGGUUGAGUAUGGAGAUGAGAUAGACGUAAUUGCUGCAACUGACAUUCUGAAGCAGAUAUUCAAGAUUCCAUAUUCCAAGGCUCGAUUAUCAAUUGCAGUCCAUCGUAUUGGGCAAACACUAGUUUUGAAUACCGGGCCUGAUGUUGAAGAGGGAGAGAAGUUGAUUAGGAGACAUAAAAAUCAAACAAAAUGUGCAGAUCAAUCUUUGUUUUUGAAUUUUGCUAUGCACUCAGUUAGAAUGGAGGCUUGUGAUUGUCCACCAACGCAUAAUGUCCCAACGCAUAAUGUCCCAUUGGCUGAGCAAUCAAACUCUUCUGUUCUUCCAGGAGUAAAUACUCAGUUUAUGGGGCAGCAUAAUGAUAUUGCUCAAAAUGAAGAAUUAAAUCAUUGUUCUGAGUAUGCAAAGGUUAAGCAGGAUGGCUUGUAUUGGGGGAACAAGAAGAAUAAGAGAAAUAAAAAAUGUGAUCCUGUCAAAAAGGUUUCACAAGUUGGUGAGAAGCCCAGGUCUUCAAUGCAAGAGUCUGAAAAAAAUAGAAGAGUAGGUAAUGAUGGUUUUUUAAGGGUUUUGUUUUGGCAAUUUCACAAUUUCCGUAUGCUUCUGGGGAGUGACUUGCUAUUGUUCAGCAAUGAAAAAUAUGUUGCGGUUAGCCUGCAUUUAUGGGAUGUUACGCGGCAGAUUACUCCCUUAACAUGGCUUGAAGCUUGGCUUGACAAUGUCAUGGCUAGUGUACAUGAAUUGGCUAUCUGUUACCAUCAAAAUGGUGUUGUCCAGGGUUAUGAGCUUCUGAAAACGGAUGAUAUAUUUUUAUUAAAAGGAAUCUCUGAUGAUGGCACUCCUGCUUUUCAUCCGUAUGUUGUCCAGCAGAAUGGCCUUUCUGUUUUGAGGUUCCUUCAAGAUAAUUGCAAGCAAGAACCUGCAGCUUAUUGGCUGUAUAAAAGUGCUGGUGAAGAUGUAAUUCAACUUUUUGAUCUUUCUGUUAUUCCUACGAACCAUUCUUCCAGUGAUUGUGAUGGUGUCUCAAGCGACCUUCCUUCUCUCAUUCAUAGAGGGAGAAGUGAUUCCUUGUAUUCUUUGGGGACUCUUUUGUAUCGAAUUGCUCACAGGCUCUCUCUUUCGAUGGCUCCAGAUAAAAUGGAAAAGUGUGCAAAAUUUAUAAAGAAAUGUUUGGAUUUCCUGGAAGAGCCAGAUCAUUUGGUUGUACGAGCAUUUGCGCAUGAACAAUUUGCAAGGCUUAUCUUGAAUUACGAUAAAGAUUUGGACUUGACAUCUGAAGCUCUUCCUAUGGGAUGUGAACUUAUGGUUACUGAUGUUGCUGAAGAAGAAUCUAUGGACUUUUUUAGUAGUAUUUCUGAGUCAGGUGUUCAUGGAAAGGUUGCCUCAGUGGUUGAUGAGGAGAAUCUGUGUGAAAGUGGACAAAAUUUUCAAGAUUUAGCAACAGAAGCUUCAGUUAAGAUGACUCUCGAGGAAAAUAUUCAUGGUCCGAGACAAAUGAUUGAAUCAGGUGAAUUAGAGUUUAAAGAUUCCAGUGGAGCUGUGUCUUGUUCCUGUGGUGAUGAAAACCUCACAGUUUGUGAAUUGCCUCCAACAACCACGCAUGUAGUUCAAACUAUUACUGAUCCAAUCUCCACUAAGUUGGCUGCAAUUCAUCAUAUUUCUCAGGCUAUUAAAUCUCUUAGAUGGAUGCGUCAACUGCAGAGCACUGAAAAGGAGCUGAUGGAGGAGGGUUGUGAAACUCCUGAUAGGCCACCUCCAUCUGUCGAUCUUUCUGUCUGUGCAUGUGGUGAUGCUGACUGUAUUGAAGUCUGUGACAUUAGAAAAUGGCUUCCAACAUCUAAAUUGGAUCAUAAGUUGUGGAAACUUGUUCUUCUGCUAGGAGAAUCUUAUUUGGCCCUUGGACGUGCUUAUAAGGAGGACAGGCAGUUGCAUCAAGCUUUGAAUGUUGUGGAGUUGGCUUGUUCUGUUUAUGGAUCAAUGCCUCAGCAUCUUCGAGAUACAAGGUUUAUAUCUUCAAUGGUUAAUAGUUCAUCAUCACAAAUGAAAUUUGAUUAUGGCAAUGAGAAAUGGAGAUCCUACAAUAGCAAUGUGAAAGAUGUGGACUCUAACUCUAAUGAUUGCUUUACUUCUGAGCAAUUCUCUUCAAUAUACCUGUUCUGGGCCAAUGCUUGGAUACUAGUUGGAGAUGUUUAUGUUGAAUUUUAUAUGGUCAAGGGCAAUGAAAUGACUAUACAAUCGGAGAGGAAAUUUUCCACUAGAGAUUUGAAAGUUUCAUCUGAGGUUGUGAAGGAAGUCAGAAGGCUCAAGAAGAAGCUAGGGCAGUUUACACAGAACUGCAGUACAUGUUCUCUGGUAAACUGCAGCUGCCAAAGUGAUAGAGCAAGCAGUGGUAGCAGUGCAAGCAGUAGUAGCAGAGAUGGUACGACAGCAUAUGGCAGAAAAAACAACAAAAGAUCAUUUGCUAAGAGUACCAUCUACUCACGUUUUGGAGAACCUGAGGAUGGCAGUCUUCAUCAUAAAUUUGACAAUGGACAGAGUUCUGAUGGUGGAUAUCAGCACCACAACAGAGAUGAUGGAAUUCUUACUGAAGCUUCUAAUACUGAUAUGCUUGAUGUGAAAGUGGGAGUUACAAAUUCUGGAAAACUAGAGGGAGUCUUGGAGGAACAUGAUUUGGGGUCAACAGUGGCUUCUCAAUCAGAAGUCGCUCCAAAAGAAACACCAAAAGUGAAAAAUGGUGGGAUAUUCAAGUACCUUGGAGGUCCUGUAGUUGGUGAUCCUGAAUACAAUCUUUCAGCAGCCCUAAGUUGUUAUGAAGAAGCUAGAAAUGCAUUGGGUGGACUUCCAUCUAGUUCAGGUGAACAACAAUCUUUAAUGAAAAAGAAAGGGUGGGUUUGCAAUGAACUGGGACGAUACAGGCUUGAAAGGAAAGAACUUAAAAAUGCUGAACUUGCAUUUGCGGAUGCUAUAAAAGCUUUCAGAGAAGUUUCUGACCAUACAAAUAUUAUAUUAAUCAAUUGUAAUUUGGGUCAUGGUAGAAGAGCAUUGGCUGAGGAGAUGGUGACAAAGAUUGAGGAUUUUAAAUUACAUUCAAUCUUUCAGAAUAUGUAUGACCAUGCUUUAGAGACUGCUAAAUUAGAAUAUAGUGAAUCACUUAGAUAUUAUGGGGCUGCAAAGUUAGAACUAAAUGCUAUCACAAAAGAGGCUGAAUCAGUGAUCAGCAGCUUGAGGACCGAGGUAUAUACGCAGUUCGCUCAUACAUAUCUGAGGCUAGGUAUGCUAUUGGCCAGAGAAGAUACAACUGCAGAAGUUUAUAAAAAUGGGGUCAUUGAAGAUGUAUAUAAGGGUUACACCAGUUCUAGUGGCAGAAGAACAAGAAAAGAUACACAAAAGCAUGAGAUUUCAGCCAAUGAUGCCAUUAGGGAGGCAUUAUCUCUGUAUGAAUCCAUGGGUGAAUUACGCAAACAAGAGGCUGCAUAUGCUUAUUUUCAGUUGGCUUGCUACCAAAGGGAUUGUUGUUUGAAGUUUUUGGAGUCGGAUCUUAAGAAAACAAAUUUAUCUAAAGGUGAAAGUGGCAUUCUUCAACGGGUGAAGCAGUAUGCAUCCCUAGCUGAGAGAAAUUGGCAAAAGGCCAUUGACUUCUAUGGCCCCAAAACACAUUUCAUCAUGUAUCUGACUAUUCUUAUAGAGAGAUCAGCGCUUUCUUCGAGCCUUGCAAGCCCUUUACAUUCAAAUACAAUGCUGGAGUCAGCUCUUUGUUGCAUGCUUGAAGGACGUCACCUACCAGAAACAAACUUAGAGUCAUUGAAAAUCAACCAUCCUGAGUUACAUUCCAAAUUUUGGAGUCAGCUGCAGACGCUUUUGAAAAAAAUGUUGGCUGUUGCUCUUUCAGCAAGUGGAAACAAGCCUCCUUCCCAACCAGCUCCAGUAUCUAACAGAUCUGUAGAUGCGGGAAAACUCCGGGAGCUCUAUAAAAUAUCUCUGAAGUCCAGCAAUUUCAGUCAGUUGCAUGCUAUGUAUUCCUUGUGGAUUUCGUAGUGAGAAACUUGACCCCUUAAAGUGUAUUCUUUGAUAAUGUGAUUGUAAUAGCUGAGCUGAAUGUAGCUAUCAACAUAUUUGGUUUUGCUCGCAGAAAAUUGUAAUAGAAAGUAUUAGCCAAGACAUUUCAGGAGGACGAACUUGAAAAGAUUGAGGGUUCUAUUUUGAAUUUGUUCUUUCCUUGCCCUUCAACAAUGAGUAUAUAAUUGGAAGUUUUGCAGAACUAUUUAUAUC